UACUAUCGACACAGCAACACCUUCAGUUAGUUCGAAUAGUUCGUUUAUCAGCUUCAGAACAGAACUAUAGCUUCAGAAUGAAACUCUUCACCGCCGUCCUUGCCAUCUGCCUAGUGGCCUUCGCGGCAGCCCAGUCCGCAGAUCCCGCUGCCGCACUGGAGCCUUCCGCCGAGUACCUGCCCCCCGUCGGCGAGGCGGAGGCCGCCCAGCUCUCGGAGAACGGAUAUAAGUACAGGACCGUGCGCCGGCUGAAGCUGCGCCACCGCCGUGAGGUGCCUAACCAGGAAUACCUUCCUCCCGUGGAAAACGCACCUAGCCAGGAGUAUCUGCCGCCAGUAGAUGCCGCCGCCAUUGGGGACACCAAGGUUGCCGACGACGGCUACCGGUACAAGACGGUGCGCAAGCUUAAGUACCGUGCUCGCCACCGCCGCGAUGUCUCCGAAAUCGCUGAGCCCAGCGGCGAGUACCUCCCACCCGUGCAGGUUGAGCUCGCUCCCGAGCUAAAAACCAUUCUAGGUGAUGAUGGCUACAAGUACAAGACAGUGCGCCGUCUCAAGUUCCGCCGCCACCGCCGCGAGGCUGCUGCCGCCGAAGAGGCUGCUGCCGAGUCCGCACCCAACGGAGAGUACCUGCCCCCCGCCGAGGCAGCCGCUGCCGCCCCCGCUGCCGUCGAGGCCGAGCCGAAGUCCGCUGAGGAGGGCACUGAGCUGGCCAAGGACGGCUACCGCUACAAGACUGUGCGCCGUCUGCGUUACCGCUACCGCCACUAGGCCUCCGAUCCGAACCUGGGCACAUUGAACCAAAUUGAUCCUGAAAGUACACUCACGAAGUAAAGUCGAACGGGCCUCGUCCAGUCGACUGACUUCUUCUUUUGGCCUUCCCAAUACUUAUUCACUCAGUUGUCACAGCAUAUGGAAUAAUAAAAUUUAUUCACAAAAAAUCA